GCCACCGGCUGCACGGUGGUUUUUUGCCGGGAGGGAGCGGUGGGCGGCGUGGACGUUCGCGGAGGGUCACCGGGUACCAGGGAAACCGACUUGCUGAGACCGACGCAUCAGGUAGAGCGGGUCAACGGGAUAGUGCUCAGUGGCGGCAGCGCCUUCGGCUUGGACGCUGCAUCCGGAGUGAUGCGGUACUUGUCCAAGCAAAGUGUUGGUUACGCCAUAGGUAAUACGGUGGUGCCCAUCGUCGCCGCGGCCAUACUGUUCGACUUGGGCUUGAUCACGUCUGAUGUCCGUCCGGGACCGGAAGAGGGGUGGGCGGCUUGCCUCGCCGCCCACACGGGUCAGGUUGAGGAAGGGAGUGUAGGGGCCGGGACAGGCGCGACGGUGGCCAAAGCGCGUGGUAUGAAGGGCGCCAUUAAAGGGGGCAUCGGUUCUGCGGUGUUGAAACUGCCCGGCGGCUUCCUGGUUGGGGCGAUUGUCGCGGUCAACGCCUACGGUGGCGUUGUCGACCACCAAACGGGCCGCCUUAUUGCAGGUCCAAGGCUUGAAAGCGGCGACGGCAUGGAAGACCCGGUGGAGUUGCUGUUGUCGGGCUCUGAUAGCAGCGAGGCCCCGCCAAUGACCAACACCACCAUAGGGGUCGUGGCCACCGACGCGUUCCUGACACGAGAACAGGUCAAUCGUCUCGCAGCCUUGAGCCAUGAUGGAUUGGCUUUGACUAUAAGGCCUUGCCACACGAUGCGGGAUGGUGACACGAUGUUCGCCCUUGCAACCGGCCGCCGUACCGCCCCCGCCGAUGCUACUGUUCUGGGCGCGGCCGUAGUUGAGGCCACCGCCCGGGCCGUACUUCGCGCAGUGCAGACCGCUACGGGUCUCGGUGGCGUCCCCUCAAUAAGGGAACUCGGAUAUGGUUAA